UAACCACUGAAAUAAAUAGCUUCAAACCACACGGACGUAUAAACCCAGAGAGAUAAGAUAGCAAGGAUAAAGAUCCAUUUUGAAUUUAGCGCGUCUCCUCCUCUUUUAGCAGACAACAAUGGCCGCUACAAGGAGAUUACAGAAAGAGCUGGCUGACAUCCGAAGGUCUGGCAUCAAGUCGUUUCGGGACAUACAGGUGGAUGAAAGCAACAUACUCACCUGGCAGGGACUCAUUGUACCGGAGAACCCACCAUACAACAAGGGAGCGUUCCGGAUUGAGGUGAACUUCCCUGCUGAGUAUCCCUUCAAACCACCCAAGAUUAACUUCAAGACCAAGAUAUACCACCCCAAUGUGGACGAGAAGGGCCAGGUGUGUUUGCCGAUUAUUAGCGCUGAGAACUGGAAACCGGCCACCAAAACAGACCAGGUGAUUGAGGCACUGAUCAACCUGGUGAACGAGCCUGAGCCAGAACACCCCUUGCGUGCAGACCUGGCCGAGGACUACACUAAAGACCGCAAGAAGUUCAUGAAAAAUGCCGAAGAAUUUACCAAGAAGAACUCCGAGAAGAGGCCGGCCGACUAACGUGGCUUGGUCGAGUUAGCCUGUGAUCUUGUGUGGCAUUUGUCAGGCAGAUGGUUCCCCUCAUGUCCCCCACCCCUCCUUGUCCCCCCCCUGCUCCCCUCACCCUCUCUGUCGCUUUGUCUGUUUUUCCUUUCAUGUUUGCCUCUUAGUGUUUUUAUUUUUUUUUUUUUUGUUUCCUUCCUUUCAUUUGUCACUUUGUCUUAUUUCUUUAUUUCUCUUAGUCUCACUGUUUUCUCUUCUGUCUGUUUUUCCUCAUUUGUUUUGCCUUCUUUUGUUCUUUUAAUCUUUCUCUCUCCUUACUUUCCUUUUUUGCUUUGUCGUUUUAUUUCUCUUUCCUUUUUCCUCUUCCUCUCGUGUUCUCUGUGUUUUUCUUCAUUUACUGACAUAUUUCCUGCUUCUUCCUCUUCUUUCUUUGUUUUUUUCAUUAAUUUUUGUCUUGUUUUCUAUCUUCUGUUCAUCUUUUUUGCUAAUAUUCCUUUAUUCACUAAUUUCUCAUUUCUUCUGUUCCUUUAUUUAUCUCUUCAAUUCUUCAGUUAAGCCAAGUUUUAUCUUCACUCUUUCAUAUAAACCCUUCCCUUUCCUCCACCUCUCCACCAGUACCUUCCUGCGGUGUCUUACGUAGUCCACAUCCUGUCUUCCACUCAAGCUGUAAUCCUGUAUUUCACCUCACCACAUGUCUAAUUGUCUUUCUGCCCACAAUCCACAUUUUUUCCACUCAUUUAUGUCUUGUUUGAUUUUUACGUAUAUGAUGUUUCCUUUCGGCUACAGUUAACGUGCCUCUGUCUUCCACUGGGCCGUUUUGCAUCCUAUUCUCCUAUUCUUGUAUUGUCUGGUGUCCUCCUGCUGUCCCCCCUGCCACCCCCUGCUGUAUCCUGCUGUUUCCUGCUCAUCUUCCCCCUGUAUCGUGUGAUCUGAUGACCCUACAUUUAUCACAGCAGUGUCAUCGGGUGGUGCGUGAGUGUGCUGUGUAGUUUGUAAUGUUCCCUGCCCCCAGGCACCCACAGGCACUCUACAGGCACCCCCCAGGCACUCGUCAGGAACUGUUGUUUGUGUGAGUGUUGGUGGUGGCAGGGACAGGGCUCCUUGCAGCCAGCACGCCAGGCAGGGAAGCAGUGCUGUAUUGUGUUGCUCCGGGCUGUGUUGUGGUGCCUGUGGGGGAUGCACUAGGUCAUCUGUAGGUCAGUAAUGCCUGGAGUUAUCAUGAUAGGUCACCACAGCCACCACACCACCACCACCGCCGCCACCACUACCAGUCCCUCAGUGCCCCAGUGCUCCGGUGCCCUAGAGCCCCGCCUGGUGAUCUGCCUGACAAGUGCCCCUGAUAUUUUUGAGAUAUAUUAGCUUCCUAAGUCUUGCUGCUUUUACAGGUAUUUUUGAAGUAAAAUGAUGUGGAACCAAGUUCAUGUGAUUUAAUUAUGAGAUUCAGAUGUUGUAGUGCAGCGGCGGUGACUCCCGGCCACCCCACCCACCCACCCCCUGCCCUCACUCCCUGCUGGGCUGCCCCCACUACCCUUGCCCCCUGCCCAUCACUGCAAGACAAUAAAGCGGCACGGCACUGUGGUGUUUGGUCUGGUCUGGCUGAGAGGGCCACAUAUCAGGCGUCACUGAGUCACGCCGCAGGGCAACACACGCCCUCACUUGUGUCAAAUUGGUCCCUCGUAACUCAAACAAUUAUUGCAUGAAUUGGCUGUGACUAUGUUAUAAGUCUGUUGGCCCAGCACCGGCGGGCCGCGUCGAGACACCCCACUCCCCACACCCCAACAUCCUCACCACCACCCUCACCAUGUGUCAGCCCAGCGUGGAGUGGCCGGGGGUCCUGCCGCUUGCACUCCCCCAGUGGUACGAGCUUUGCCUCAGAGCGGCCGACACGUCCCACAGUGUUGGCGUGGGGGCUGGAGGCAGGAGGAUUGCCACCCUCCGUCCUUGUUUUGUACUUAACACUCCCACAGUCUGUCACUCCUGCUGCCCCUGCCGCUGCUGGAGAGCCAGCCGGGAACUGUCUCAAGUUGAGACGCACUAAGAUUUGCAACCUCAUUGGGCUUGGGUGGCAGCGGCAGUGGCAGCGGCGGCGGCAGCGGCAGGGGGGGUGGGUGUGAGGCGAGGCGGGGUGGGGCGGUGUGCAGGGAGAGGGUUGGGUGUGAGUGGUGUGGUGUGAUCAGUAUUGUCCUCCGCCAGCCAGCCACCCAGCCAACACACCGGGACGGCUGCAGUUUUUAUACCUAACAUUUAUCCAAGGCACUGCAAGGUGGAGGAACGGCAGGACCUUGACAUGAAACACUUGCCUUAUACUGUGUGUUUGUUUGUGGCGGCCGGCUCCACUGCUGCCAUUGCCGCCGCCACCGCCGCCGCCGGGCCUCAAGUGUUGACGUGCUGCCCAGCUUUUGUUUCCUUUUGUUCUGUCAGUCUGAGAAGCUGUGGCAGGGCCGUGCGUGUCUGGCUGUCACCCUGUCAGCCUGUCAGCCUCAGUAGCAGGGUGACACUGACCCAAGCCAAGUAAGGGAAGGCUCACAACACAACACAACACAGCCACACUUCAGACAACAGCUGUGGACCACAACACACUGCAGCACUCUGGUCUUGAGAACCGCAGACCAACACACAGCUAGACACAGAAGCAAAGAGCUGUCAUGAAGUAACUGUUUUGUUUUGAGAAUGAGAUGGAGAAACAGCCAGACACUUGUAGAGAAGACAUUUGGCGAUGCUUUCAACACCCCCUUGUCUGUUGAGGCGUAACACCCAACCGUCACUACCAUUACUACCAAGGGACUCAAUAUUUUACAUAGCAACGUUUGUAGAAUGUGUAAGAAUUGUGAAUGCGCUCAUCAGUAAGCAUGGUCUUGUUAAUAGUACCUCUGUCUGUCCUCCUGCGCCUCUUGCUAACCAUUGCUCCCCAUCACUCACCACCACUCACCACUCACCCACUUCCCUGCGUCACAAACUAGAGGAAGUUGUCAUGCUACCUGCUGAAGUGUUGUCAAGGUGUCUGUGUCACUGUUGCCAACACAAAACAUUAAUGAUCUACAACACAAGGGUCUGUAGUCUUGAAAUGCUCUGCUCUCUUGUGUGCUGGUGUUUGGAGGGGUUGAGGUUUCAAGGGGGUUUGCAUGUUUCUGGUUGGGUUUGAUAAGGAGUGUGUGUUUUUGGUACUUGUUGAUCGGGUAUUGGAAGUUAUUUGAAGGUUUUUAAUUUUUUUUUUAUGAGUUUGAUAAUGUUUUGAGUAAAUUUUGGGUUUAAUUGGAAGUUACUAAGGGUUUUCAGGGGUGUUUCCAGGAAGUUGUUAGUAUAUUGAGUAAUUUUUUUUACAUUAUUAGAAGUUAUUAAGGGUUUUCAAGAGUGUUUCUGUGGUUCUUAUUGUUUGAGAAUCAUUCCUUCCUCCACUUCUCUUUACUGGUUGUAGUGGAAAUGUAAUGCAGGGUGUUUCAAAGGUGUUUUCAUGAUUCUAGCAAGUUUUAAGAAUAGUUUUGUAUCUUGACUGCUUUAAAGAAAUGUAUUGAAAGUUAUUGCAUUUAUUGUGAUAGGUAAGCAAUUAUUUCACACCAAUAACAGAAAAAAAGCAUAAAAAAGACUAAUACUUUCCACAACUUGGAGAGAGAGAGAGAGCAGGUAACAGGGCACAGAACCUCAAUUGUGUGACAGGCAGGUGUGUGAGGUGAUCCACAGGGAUUAAUUAGUACAGGUAUGGCCAGAGGUACCUUCCAUAUGUAACCUUUUUGAGAGAAGUUUCAAUGUUUUUCUUUUUGUUUAUGGUAUGUCAGUGAAGGUUAAUUGGUAACAGUGUGAGCCAGUGUAGCCAGUGUAUGAGGUUGGUGAGACCCUGUGAAGCAAGAGUGUUUGUCAAUUUGUUUCAAUUUUUACUUAAACCAACCAAGUGAUUAUUAUUAUUAUUAUUAUUAUUAUUAUUAUUAUUAUUAUUAUUAUUAUUAUUAUUAUUAUGAUUGUCGUUCUUACUCAGUUGUAUUUCUGUUGCAAGAGAAAUUAGAGGUGCAUAAAUG